UCAGUGUGGACAACAGGUGCACUACAGCCUCUCUCCACCUCGCUGCUGGAUAAUGCCCGCAGAGCGCCGCUCGUCGCUUUGCGCAGGGCUUCCUCAUCCGCACUUUGGACACUUGCACGUUUUUAUAUCUUGAUCACUUCCAGCCGCUAAAAAUGCCUUUUCCGCCCAUAAGCCUCCACCAGCGGAUCUCCUCUCCUGGCAGGGAACUAUUCGGGAAAAAGAAAGCCAACGGAGUGCCUCCUCAGACUGAGCUCACCAGCAAAUCCGGCCGAGAGAAAGGGGGGUCCGAUAAGGAGAAGCAGUCCAUUUCUUGGACAUCGGCAAAUUUAAGGAACUUGGGGCGAAAAGCCCAGCAAGAGAAGAGUAAAAGCCCAGCUCAGAAGGCGAGUGCCGCCCAGGAGACCCAGGGAAAAUGCUCCUGGUUGUCGGUGCCCAAACCUCAGGACUCAUCCGAGGGAGUCAGGCGCUCCAGCUCCAUGGACUCCGCCAGACAGCUCCAUGGCAAAGAGGAAGGGAAGAAGGAGAUUCAGUUUACCCUCAGUCUCACCCCUGAAGCCAUUCUCGUCAUCCAAAAACGGACUCUAGAAAAGCAGAUGAUGGCAAAGCAACAAAAAUGCUGCGCCUCCGCGGACUUUCGGCACAGGCGAGUGUUUCCAUCCAAAAAGGCGCACGCCGGGUCCAAGGGGUGCGCUCCUGUUGCCAAAGCGGAGAGCGCCGAGCAGGACAUAACCGCCAUCGUUAAAAUAUCUCUUUUGAAUGAUCAAUACAAGUACGACGACGUGGAGUAUGAAGAGGAGGAUGGAGACGUGGAUGAGACUGUUGUGAGGAAAUGUAAAGAGUGGCUCAAAGGGGUCGAAAAUGCCGCCGCUUUGGGAAAAGUCGACAAACUUUCUGCACUUCCGCACCUUAAAGGCUGCUGACACCUGACUUUUCAUCUGUUAAUCUUUAACAGCAGACUGAGAACAGAGAUGAGUGACUCACGAGGAGUGCGCACCGGCGUAGGCCUGCUGCGAUGGCUUUGUAAUUCGAGUCUUGUAAAUUAAACGCUUGCAGAUGAGGGGAGAAAAUCCACUUGUCUGGACGGGCAUGUCAGCUUGUUUCGGAUUAUUUGCUACAAUAUAUGUCACAAAAAAUGACAAUUAUUGAAGAAAACAAAGAUAGAUGAGUAAAUUGCAUUGGAAUAAGAGGAAAUUUGACUGUCAACAAAAAAUAAGAUUUUAAAACCUCGUUGCAGCCUGUGACUCAUCCAGCAGUCCUUCUUAAGGUUCACAGGGACGUUGCUUUGCGAGUUUUAAGCCUGACCAAUGUUUUGUUGACGUUUGAACUGAACACUUUAAUAUUCUCGUCCUUUGCACAUGGUAUUUGUUUUCAGUGGGGCGCCUGUGGAUUGGCAGAGGGGUUUGCGUAAAGGGACGCGAAACCGUUCCUUUGUGCUGGAGAACAAUAAGCUGUCAACAACAGGGCUUUACAUGCGCCUGCUGCUGGAACCAAACUGGACUGUUUAUGUUUCCUCUAAUAAGAGGGUUAUAUCCUUUGUAGGGAUUUAUCAGUGAUGUACAGUAUUUAAUAUUUACUAAAUAUUUGUACUGUCAGGCGUUUUCUCAGCUGAUGACUUUAUGCCAUUUGAAGUAAAAUGUUCUUUUUUCUAAACUAUGCAAGUGUCACUGACCUUUUUAAAUCCUUCACAAGCUGAUUUGUGUUGUGCCUCUUCAAUAAUUCUGUUACAUGAUGCUAAUUUGCAGCCCUCAGAUUUCUUUUACACGUCUGGACACUUCCCAGAUGGUAUUUUAAAGGCUCUUUGUUGCCACUGUAGCUACCUGGGGCCAUUUGGGCAUUAGUGUUCUAAGCUUCUUAGAUUUCCUGUUAAGCAGGGUUGACCAGUGUACUGAGGGCCCAGGUGCAUGAUCCCCUCAGGAAAUUACAUCCAGUCUGCUUCACUUUUAUAUAUAUAUAUAUAUAUAUCAAACAAAGCAAUGCAUGUAGCUGCUAUAGAUAGUAAGUGUUAGCACUAAAAUCUAAGAGACAUUUUCAUCCAAAUUGCCAGAAUGUGAUUUGCAGCAAAGGUAUUCCCAUUCUGAAAAGCUUAAUCUUGACAUUCCCAUACUCAUGUGGUGCGCCACAAAGAGCCAUGUUUUUAUUAUAUAAGUGGCCAUGAACUACUGCUCAGGGUGAGAGAGCUGGUCAGGGGCCAGUUGUGGGCUUAGAAACAAACCAGGA